UCUCCGCCCGCCUCCUCCUGCCCCUACGGAGGAGGGCAAGAAAUAGCCCGGGCCCUGGCCCUGGCCCGUGCUGGAGCUGCCGUUUUAUCCCUUCGGACCUGCCUUCCCCUGGCCGGGAAAGGGGCCCGAGGGAGCCGGCCGUCCUAUUCUGACAGAGGCUGCAAGGAAGGAGGUGGAAGCCCAGCCGCGCUCUCUUCUCGUCGUCCCGCUGCUUUGCCCGGCGCCCCUCCGGGUCUGCCGCCGCCGCCGUUGCCGCCAUGAGAUUGUUGCGGGCGCUGCUGAGGAGCGUCUCCCCGCUGAACACCAUCCCUCAGCAGGUGGAUUUCUACUGCCGCUUCUCCCCGUCCCCGCUUUCCAUGAAGCAGUUCCUGGAUUUCGGAUCUGACAAUGCUUGUGAGAAAACCUCUUUUAUGUUUCUGCGACAAGAGUUGCCUGUAAGAUUGGCAAACAUAAUGAAAGAAAUAAGUCUGCUUCCAGACAACCUUCUUAAAACACCUUCAGUUCAGCUUGUUCAGAGUUGGUAUGUGCAAAGUCUGCAGGAGAUCCUUGAUUUUAAAGACAAAAAUGCUGAUGAUACAGAAGCUGUUUCUCGUUUUAAAGAUACUGUGAUAACAAUCCGAAACCGUCACAAUGAUGUCAUUCCAACCAUGGCUCAAGGUGUGAUCGAGUACAAGGACAACUAUGGGGUUGACCCAGUGACUAGUCAGAAUGUGCAGUAUUUUUUAGACCGCUUCUUCAUGAGUCGGAUUUCAAUCCGAAUGUUGCUUAAUCAGCAUACUUUGUUGUUUGGAGGAAACGUUGAAGUUAAUCCAGCACAUCCCAAACACAUUGGAAGUAUUGACCCUAAAUGCAAUGUUGUUGAAGUUAUAAAAGAUGGUUAUGAAAAUGCGAAGAGCCUCUGUGACUUAUAUUACAUGAAUUCUCCAGAACUUAUUCUUGAAGAGAAGAAUGUAAAAUCACCAGGGCAGCCUAUGCAAGUGGUCUAUGUGCCAUCACAUCUCUACUAUAUGGUUUUCGAACUUUUCAAGAAUGCAAUGAGGGCUACCAUGGAACAUCAUGCAGAACGGGGAAUUUACCCUCCAGUUCAUGUCCAAGUCGGGUUGGGCGCUGAAGAUUUAACUGUGAAGAUGUGCGACCGUGGUGGUGGUGUUCCUUUGAGGAAAAUAGACCGACUGUUUAACUAUAUGUAUUCAACUGCACCGCGUCCCCAUGUGGAGACAUCACGAGCAACCCCUCUGGCUGGAUUUGGUUAUGGUUUACCUAUAUCUCGCCUGUAUGCUCAGUACUUCCAAGGAGAUCUGAAGCUCUAUUCUCUAGAGGGAUAUGGCACAGAUGCUGUUGUCUUUAUAAAGGCUUUAUCAACUGAGUCGGUUGAAAAAUUGCCCGUGUAUAACAAAUCGGCUUGGAAACAUUAUACAGCCAAUCACGUAGCAGAUGACUGGUGUGUCCCAAGUAGCGAACCAAAGGACAUGACAACAUUCCGCAGCACAUAGCAGCUGGAGGCCAGGCGUGCUGAGUCAAAGAGGGUCCUGUCACCUAUGGUCAGCUUACUUAUUAGCACCACUAUCACAUGUUUAACGGGGAAGGAUGCCUCUCCAUAUCCAAACUGGAGUCUGAAAACCAUAUCAUUGCCUAGAGUUUUCCACAGUGUUCAUUUCUAACAAGUGGUGUUUUUCCUUCUUUGCAUCUUUAAAUUACUUCAGCAAAUGCACCUUAGAUUACUUGAGCAAAGUCUAGAGGAUAAAAGACCCGAACAGUGUGUCCAAAUGUUGUUCUGCUUCACUACCGGUCAUUCCAGUGAACAAUUCAUGGGAUGGAUUAUUUACUUUGUACACCUUCUCUGGGAUCAGUUGCACUAGCGCAGCUUUUUGUUCUCAAGGACUUCAGAAGGGUUUUACAAUGUGAGAGAAACAAUGUGAGCUUAUCUCGUUUGUUCAUUUUUUUGUAUUAUCCGGAAUUGAUUAAUUGGUUGCUGUCAGCGUAAACAACUCUUUAGCUUUAUAUUUAUAGGUAUAUAUUUACAGCUAGAUGUAGAAGUGCUUGAGCCUCGUUCAUUUUGUUUUGAAAAUUGAACUAUUUUAAAUCUUUGUCACUGAAAUAAAUGAUACUUCAAAGGACUUAAAGCACUUGGCUUGUCCAGGUGUAGUGUUUUCCCAACAGGGGAGAGCAAAGCAGAUCUUUUAAGGAUGCAGGACCACCCGCAUCCUUAAAGGGGUCCAGCCUCUGAGUUACUACCAAGUUAAGUAGGCAAAAGAUUGUGGUCUUUAUUUUUCCUCUGGGAUAUUAAUGGAAUUUAAAAAGGUAUAACUUGGGUUGAAUUUUUCAUUCACGUUCAGGGAAGUUAGCAAUGUUGAUAAAACCCUUCCUAAUCGAAUACCACUUAUACACAAGUUUUGCCAAAUACAGUUGGUCUCACAGAGUUUGAUCACAGUAUGCGAGGUAAGGGUUGCCAUAUGAUUGCAAUGAAUUAGUUUCUUUUCACAUUUAUUCUAAUAUUUCCAUAGAACAGUGAGAUAUGCUUGCUUUCUAAGAAAACAUAAAUUGGAACAUUAUACUGUGUCAUUUUAUUUAUAUUGCUUUAUGGCAUAUUUUAAUGAUUCCAGUUAUGUUUUCCCUUUCUGCAAGGCAGGUUUGACAAAUGACCUAGGUGUUAAAAACAAAUUUCAUUCCAUUGAAAUCAGUUGAAUACUGAUAUCACUGCUAAUCCUUUACUAUUGUAGUUACUUAAAGUGGUAGGUCUACUCAAAAAUAAAACCCCAUUGCAUGAGUAAAGGGUAUAGCUUGAAACCGCAGACUUACGUACAUGACAUCAUAAGUCCUACUGAACAUUACUAGACUUAGUGGAAUACAAAGAAGAAGAUUGGCUCAACUCCCUCAGCUGAUACUUGGGAAAGCAUCAUACACAGCCUGAGUGAUUUGAAGCCCCUCACCAGUGCAAAUUGGAUUUGGGACCUAUUUCCCAUUUUCAUCUCAAGUCAUUUUUGUCUGACCAACUGAGAUGAAAGUUUCAGAAGACCAUAUAAGGAGAUUAUAUGUAAUGAAUUCCAGACCGAUCAGAACAGAAUGGGUUGUGUACAAAAUGAAACAACAUACUUUGAAAUCAAAACAAAACCAGCCCCAUUUGCCUGGUACAGCUUUGGGGUUUCUCUCAUUAGAGAGGCUGUUGUUGAGCAAUAGUUCGUAGUCAUUGUACCACUCCACUUAGGAGAUAAUAUCCUCUAUUCCAUCGGGAAUCUUGAAGUAAUAAUAUAUUGUACUUACAAAAAAUAAUUAUUGGUCAGAAGAUGAAAUACAACUUCUGUCCCAGCAAAAUGAGCCCUGGAUUGUGAAAAAAUAUUACAGAGAGCUAAUAAGAGUGCAAAGCAGUUUCAGUCACUAGAUAGAGACAUAAAAUAAUCUUCCUGAAAGUAAAACCAUUUACCCAAUACUAAAAUUAGUAAAUUUCCUUCCAUUGUGCUUCAUUGUGUUCCAGUAUGAUUUCAACUCUCAAGCUUUUUUAUUUUUGAAAUGCACCUUUUUAUAUCCCUCAUUUUUUCCCCUAUACUCCCCAGUUACUCAGACAGACUGACCCCAGAUGAUACUCAGUUAUCCUCAUCUGCAGUUGUGAUAGAGCAUUUCAAAUAUCUGAUGGAACAAAACUUAACCUACUGUGAAUCUUAUUCCUAUAGGGAACAAUGGCAGUUCGAAUUAGCUUCCUUGUUUUGUCUUAGAACCACCAAAGAAAAGGUGGUGGCAGUCCAUCCUGAGUGCUUCUAAAAAGUAGAGAAAAUAGCCAUGUUUAAAAUGUUUUUUAAAACCUGUAACCUAUAAUGAAAAUGGAUCGUUCAGCAUAGCCAUAGAACAGAGUCCAAUGAGGAAGCACCACCAGUGGUCUCAGGUCAGCCAUUCAUGGAAGAAAGGCAAUAAAAUGACAAACUGCUCCAUAACAAGGGAUUUUUAAAAUUCAUCAUGCUUACCUAUCGUCCUUAUGUCCAAAAUCAAUCUCAUUUAUCGACUUGCCCAUAAACCAACCUCCUUUGCACUGGUUCGCUCCAGCUCAAAUAGCUCUGGACAAUAGCAGUGAUAGAUCCUGUGUCCCUUGCUCUAUGAACUACUGCCUUAAUUUAUAAGCGCCAUGUUUGGGGAAUGAAAGAUAAGGUAAAUCAAAGGUGUCAGAAGACUCGUUUGGGAAAUAGGCCUUUUUGUUCCAUGUUUAGUAAACUUGAAAAAGCUGCUUUGAGUGCAAAGCAUUUUAAAUGUCUCAGUGCAAGUGUUUUUAUGAAACGCUACAUUCUACUUUUAUUUUUAUUUUUUUAAAUGGAAAUUGCUGAUCAUGUCUAGGCUACCUGGUGAAAUUUCUUGGAAAAAAGGUUCUGAGCAGCCCUGUUAAAUUCAUUAUGAAAAGGUUUGGACGGUUUUGUGGAUAAAUAGGGUUUC